AGUUUACGGUCUCGGCUCAUUCAGCGUGAUCGCGUCUCUCUCAGAGCAGCGCUGUGGUUUCUGGGCAGCGCUCAUACGCUUCGCUCAUACGCACUUUAAACAGGAUGUAGCGACUGAGACAGACUACGGAAAGAGAAAAAGAGGCUGUAACACUGCGAUGUGACAAAUACCGGUGAGCAAGAAAUGACCGCCACAGUGGAGGUAAAGAAGAAGAAGAAGGAGAAGACAGGAGGAGUCCCGAUGAGGCAGCUCACCGCCGGCAGGUCUUGACGGCUGCUCCCGCUGACCUGAGACGCCCAGCACCAGCUGCAGUACCGCACGGUUUUACACACUCUGAAAACCCAACAUAGCCGAAAUACUCUACAUCCCGCCGGCAAACCUUGAAAGCGAUAAUGGCGAGCCAGGGCGACUGCUGUGUGAAGGUUGCGUUGAGGAUUCGUCCUCAGAUGGCCAAGGAGAAGAUAGAAGGCUGCCACGUGUGCACGAUGGUCACACCUGGAGAACCACAGGUCCUGCUGGGAAAGGACAAAGCCUUCACCUAUGACUUUGUGUUUGACAUCGACUCAGAGCAGCACAACAUCUACCAGGCCUGUGUGUACAAGCUCAUCGAGGGCUGCUUCGAGGGCUACAACGCCACUGUGUUUGCCUAUGGUCAGACGGGUUCUGGAAAGACCUACACCAUGGGGACAGGCUUCGACGUUAGCCUGACCCAGCAGGAGCAGGGUAUCAUCCCGCGGGCUGUCCACCAGCUGUUUGAAGGAAUCAAGAACAAGAGGGUCCGCGCCCAGGAGGCUGGUACCCAGCCACCCGAGUUCAAAGUCAGCGCCCAGUUUCUAGAGUUGUAUAAUGAAGAGAUCCUGGACUUAUUCGAUGGAGCCAGAGAUCCAGAAAGCCGGAGCAGGAAGUCCAACAUCAAGAUCCACGAGGAUGCUAGUGGCAGCAUCUACACCACUGGAGUCACAUCCAGACUGGUACACUCAGAGGAAGAGCUGCUGCAGUGCCUGAAGCUCGGCGCUCUGUCCCGCACCACAGCCAGCACCCAGAUGAAUGCCCAAAGCUCCCGUUCGCACGCCAUCUUCACCAUCCACCUCUGUCAGAUGAGAGUCUGCCAGCAGCUGCAAAUGCAGAACGGAGGAGGGGAGAAUGGGGAGGUGAAUGGUGUGGAUUCCAACCCCAUCGCCCAGCCAGAGUAUGAGACGCUGAAUGCGAAGUUUCAUUUUGUGGAUCUGGCUGGCUCUGAGAGGCUCAAACGCACAGGAGCCACCGGAGACAGAGCCCGCGAGGGAAUCUCUAUUAACUGUGGACUGCUGGCCCUGGGAAAUGUGAUCAGUGCUUUAGGAGAUCAGACCAAGAAGGGGGGGCACGUCCCCUACAGAGACUCCAAACUCACUCGUCUGCUGCAGGAUUCACUGGGAGGCAACAGCCGCACAGUGAUGAUAGCCUGCGUCAGUCCAUCAGACCGAGACUUUAUGGAGACACUGAACACGCUCAAGUACGCCAACCGCGCCCGAAACAUCAAGAACAAGGUGGUGGUGAACCAAGACAAGACCAGCCAGCAGAUCAGCGCCCUGCGCGCUGAGAUAGCCCGACUUCAGAUGGAGCUGAUGGAGUACAAGGCGGGGAAGCGUGUGGCAUGUGAGGAUGGUUCAGAGGGAUUCAGUGACCUGUAUCAGGAGAACGCCAUGCUGCAGAGAGAAAAUGACACCCUGCGCCUCAGGGUGAAAGCCAUGCAGGAGACCAUUGACCACCUCAACACCCGUGUGACACAUCUGCUGGCCAAUGAGAUCAGUGCUCUGCUGACCAAGUCAAGUGAGGGCAAUGAAGAGAUCGGGGCUUUAAUCCAGAACUACAUCCGAGAGGUUGAAGAACUUAGAACCAAGCUUCUUGAGAGCGAGGCCAUGAACGAGUCGUUGCGACGGCAGUUGGCCCGGGUUUCCUCCCGUUCCCCGUUCCCUUCCUCCUCUCUCAGCCCUGCCCCGGGCCACCCACCCGGCUCCUCCCCCGCCCCCAUGUCCAUGGAGGCCGAGAUGACGGACGUGUUGCGCCGAGCCAAGCUGGACAUCGAGAGGCUCAAGAAGAAGGAGAGGAGGCAGCGGAGGAUGAGUCCAGAGCUGGAGAAAGGUUUGAAGAAACGAGUGAAGCUGCACACUCACGAGAAUGGGGAGCACAGGCAGAACGGUGAAAAUGGCCAAAACGGACAGAAUGGAGAGAUCGAUUCAGACGACAAUUACACUGAGGACAUCAUGUCUCCGCUGCAGGAGGAGAGUGGUUGUGAUGAAGAUGAGGGGGAGGACGAGGAAGAGGGCAGGGAGGAGGACGACGAGUUUGACAGUGACGAGAGCCUGGUGGAUUCAGACUCGGAUUCGGAUGAGAAAGCUAACUUCCAGGCGGACCUGGCUGACCUGACCUGUGAGAUCGAGAUCAAACAGAAGCUGAUAGACGAGCUGGAGAACAGCCAGCGGAGGCUGCUGAUGCUGAAGCUACAGUACGAGGAGAAGCUCAUCCUGCUGCAGAACAAGAUCAGAGACACUCAGCUGGAGAGAGACCGCGUGCUGCAGAACCUCAUGUCUAUGGAGAACUACACAGAGGAGAAGGCAAACCGGAUCAAGCAGGAGUACGAGAAGCGUCUUAAGGAGAUGAACCGUGACCUGCUGAAGCUACAGGCAGCACAGAAGGAGCACGCACGUCUUCUCAAAAACCAGGGGAGGUACGAACGGGAGCUGAAGAAACUUCAGGCUGAGGUCAACGAGAUGAAGAAAGCCAAGGUGACGCUGAUGAAGCAAAUGAAGGAGGAGCAGCAGAGGAGGAGGAUGGUGGAAGCGAAGAGGAACCGUGAGAUCGCCCAGCUCAAGAAGGAGCAGCGACGACAGGAGUACCAGAUUCGGGCACUUGAGUCUCAGAAGCGGCAGCAGGAGCUGGUGCUGCGCAGGAAGACCCAGGAGGUGACGGCCCUGCGGCGCCUGGCCAAACCCAUGUCCGACCGUGUGGCAGGACGCGUUGCCCGCUGGAACCAGACUCCUCCGGUCACGGACUCUGGAGCCGAGUUAACGGCCAGCACUACGGCGAGCAGCUCUGAACCUGAGACCGCGAGGACUGUGAGCGGUCUGGUGAGACAGUGGAACAACAAGAACAAUACGUUUGGAUACCUGGGAGAGAGCGAGGGCAUGGAUGGAACCAGGGUCAUUGGAAGCAGGAAGAAGUUGCAGCGUAAGCCAGCAGGCCUGGGCAGCAUUGGAGCGGCAGGUAGAGCCAGCACCUUCUCCAAGUCAGCACGCCAGAAGUGGCAAACCCUCGAGCGUCGUGUCAUGGACAUUGUCAUGCAGAGGAUGACCAUCUCUAACGUGGAAGCUGAUAUGGAUCGCCUUAUCAAAAAGCGAGAGGAGCUGACCGUCCAGCAGGAAGCGCUCUCACACAAAAGGGAGGUACUGAUGGCGGAGGGGGAGGGGCCAGAAGCAGAGGACCGCCUCCUUCAGGAAAUUAAUGAGGAGAUUGAGGUGCUGAAUGCCAAUAUAGAUUACAUCAAUGACAGCCUGUCUGACUGCCAGGCCACCAUUGUGCAGAUAGAGGAAACCAAGGACGAGCUGGACUCAGUGGACACCUCGGUAGUGAUCAGCUCCUGUUCCCUGGCUGAAGCACGCCACCUGCUGGAUCACUUCCUGAAGGCCUCCAUAGACAAGAGUUUACAGGUGGCUCAGAAGGAGGCUCAGAUCAGACUGCUGGAGGGCCAGCUGAGACAGACAGAUGUGAUUGGCUCGUCCCACAAUCACAUGAUCCUCGAUGCCUUGCGAGAAAAGGCAGAGUACAUCCCUGAACUCCAGGCUCUCAUCCACAAUGUACAGCAGGAAAAUGGUUAUGCCAGCACAGAUGAGGAGCCCUCUGAGUUCAGCCAAGCCUCUGACAGCAGUGUAUCUCAAAUGAAAGAAUCCAACAGCCAAGAUGAUUUCAAGAUAAAGAUGGAGCCUCGCCUGUCGGCUCAGAUGAAGGCGGUGUCAGCAGAGUAUUUGGGUCCCAUCCUGGAUCCCUCAUCUGGAAGCAAGCAGCAGCACAUCACCAAGUCUCUGGCCUCCCUGACCGACAUUCAGGAGGAUGGCCUGAGUCUGGUGACAGGGAGUCUGGGGCUCAGCCUGGCCCUACGAGACCCGUACCACAGGGACCGGGCAUCCCGUACCAUCAGCCUGCCUGUCAGGGGACACACCUUUCCCAGGCAGUCUCGGGGUUAUGACACCUCCCCUAUAACAAGGAGGAAAUCUUACGACCGUGCGUACAGGCCCAUUGACGGCUAUACUCCCCCUUCCUCCCCUCCUCUGAGGACUAGGAAUGACCGCAAUGUCUUCUCAAGGCUCACCAGCAACCAAACCCAAGGUUCUGCUCUGGACAAGUCGGAUGACAGCGACUCCUCGCUCUCCGAGGUGCUCAGGGGUGUCAUCAAUCCAAUCGGGGGUGUGAAGGGGGGUCGGACAGCGCCCCUGCAGUGUGUCUCUGUAGCCGAGGGCCAUUCAAAGCCGGUCCUGUGUGUGGAUGCCACAGAUGAGCUGCUAUUCACUGGAUCUAAAGAUCGCACCUGUAAGAUGUGGAACCUGGUGACAGGUCAGGAAAUCGCCACCCUCAAAGGCCACCCCAACAAUGUGGUGUCAGUCAAAUACUGUCCUUCCUCUUGUCUGGUCUUCUCUGUCUCCACCUCCUACAUCAAAGUGUGGGACAUUCGCGACUCUGCCAAGUGUAUCCGCACGCUCACUUCAUCGGGACAGGUGGUCUCAGGUGACGCAUGUGCUGGCACCACCACCCGCACAAUAACUUUUGCACAGGGCGAGUGCCAGAUCAACCAGAUAGCCCUCAACCCGUCAGGAUCUGUGCUUUACGCUGCUGCUGGAAAUACUGUCCGCAUGUGGGACCUCAACAGGAUGCAGGCGAUGGGGAAGCUGACAGGCCACAUCGGCUCCGUCAUGUGUCUGACGCUCGGACAGUCUCUGCUGGGCAAAGACCAAGUAAUAACUGGCUCCAAAGACCAUUACGUCAAGGUGUUUGACGUGGCAGAGGGUACUCUGGGUAAUGUAGGCCCAGCUCAUAACUUUGAGCCUCCGCAUUAUGAUGGCAUUGAGUGUUUGGCUGUACAGGGAGACGUGCUGUUCAGCGGGUCAAGGGACAAUGGCAUCAAGAAAUGGGAUCUGGAGCAGCAGGAGCUCACUCAGCAAAUCCCCAACGCCCACAAGGACUGGGUGUGCGCUCUGGCAUACGUCCCGGGCCGGCCCAUGCUGCUGAGCGGCUGUCGGGGCGGCAUGCUGAAGGUGUGGAACGUAGACAACUUCACCCCCAUAGGAGAGGUCAGGGGUCAUGACAGCCCCAUUAACGCCAUAUGUACCAACUCAAGACAGAUCUUCACUGCAUCCAGCGACAAGACAGUGAAGAUCUGGCUGUCAAAGGUGUGGAGAAAGAGGUGACAACUGAAAUGACUGUGGUUCCUUUGUCAGCCAUCUUGCUGCAACUUCAGCCACUGAUCUGUGACCUGCUCACUUCUAGAUGUGACACUGAAAUCACAGUUUCCAAGGCAAUCAAGGUGUUUUUCUUUCUUUGUCACAGUGCAAAAUGAUAAAGCGUAGGUGGAAUAUUUAUUCAAAAUGCAAAAAGACUAUUUGCCUCUCGGAUUUUUUUUUUUUUAAAUGCCAAUUUGAAAGUGCCAUUCAGGUGUGAUGCUACUUGGACAAGAUAAACCACAUCUUCCUGACCAUGGAUACACCAGGCAGAACAUGAAAGCUCCCAAAGUCUGGUAUGAAAAAGGAAAGGAAAAAGUGUCCUUCUGUUCUGUCACCAAGGUUUCAGAAACCUUGUGGGACAAUGAGAGAAGAAUAUGUUGAGAUACAUGCACAUUCACAUGUCUAUUGUCUGAAAGUGGAGACAUGGUCCGAAUUUAAAUCCUAGAGCGAUGCUACCUAACAAAUGGAACUUCUGUUCUUCAUUCAAGACUGUUUCUGCUCUUCAGUGUUGUGGUUGUUCUGAUACUGAACAGUCAUGCUAUGUGUUCACUGCGGAUGAUCAGUAGACUGUUGCUAAUCUUGGAUUAGACAUCACUGGAAAAUUACACAAAACACCAUCACUUGACACAGUAUAUCACUGAAACUUAACUGCAUUCAACAAGUUGUGUUUGAUUUUUUCUUUUUAAUUAUGUUUUAUUAAUUUAUUGUUUUCCCUACCUCAGUUGUUUUGGACUUUUGCUGUGAGGUGGGAGGGAACAUUUUACGGGUCUCCAUGCACAAACACCUGGUGCUUGACAUUUUGAAGUCUUUAUUUAAUGCCUGGCUCUUCAUCUCUGUGUGGAUGUGUCCUCUGUGGCCCUCUGGCUAUCAGACUGUCUAGCUGCUGACCUUGCAAACAGCAAAAGCACACGUCCGGUAGCACAACUGAAGGUAGCACUGGCCCCACUGGAGGAUCUGACCGGAUGGUGUUAUCUGCUCUGUAAAGUGCUAACUCUGGCGAAAAUAAGAAAUACCACUGCAGAUGAGCAUGACACAAACAGUACAUGCCUACAGUACACACGCCUUGAACAUUGAGUUAGGUACUCCAUUGAGGCCAAAGUGCCAGAUCAUUAUCUCAGCCAUCCUACAGCAUGUGGCCCAUACCUGCCAUUUAUCCUCCACGCAAUUGGUAAUAGGAGCUGCACCAGUUGUCCCCCUACCUGCUUUGAGCUCCACUCUGAUCUUUAAGGUUAGCUACAGUGUCAGACUGACCAGCCUUUCAGAAGAGUCCGCCUCUCUCACAGCUAUUGAACGUCUCUGGGAAGCCAAUUUAAUUAGAGGUCUCGCAGCUCUACCGGCUGCUUUUCAGGCAAGAUUACUUGGGUGAAAGUAGGUCAUAACUGAGAGGGAUUUCUUAUUAAAAUCCCAAUUUUCUUCCACCCACUAUUUGCUGCUACAUUUAAAUGCAGGAAAAAAACUUCCUGUACCCAUGCACUGAUGUACAAAUCUGCUUAUGUGGCAGAUUAUGUGUGUGGGCAACACAUACACAUGCACAAACUGUGGACACACACAAACAUAAGAUUUCGGUGGAUGUUUCGGUUCUCCAUCUUGCCUGAUAGCUCUUGGCAUCCCUCACUGUGUUGAUUUAGUGUCUUUUUAAUGAAACAAAUUCAGCACUGCAGCACUCCACUGACACACACAUAUGCACAUACGUACAUACACUCACCCACAGGCAACAGUAAUAACCCAGGUCUUAAGUCAGUUCAAUUAUCUUUUCAUUGUCUGAUGUUUCUGCAAUACAGAGCGGUCACAUCACUUUCAGUUUAUGAACUUGGGCUUUUUCUGUACCACUCCAAAAUGACAAACAGCAUUUCUGUUUUACAGAUGUCAUACCACUGCAUAAAAGCUCACCUCAUGUCGUGUUAGUAUCAUAAGAUCACAGUUCAGUUUCAUUCAGCUCUGAAAUCUCUCUCCCUCUGUAGAAAAAAGAAUACUUUGAUAAUUUAAUGCACUUUUCUUUUUAAAAGACCCAGAAACAAAUGUAGUUCAAUUAAACAAAGCUUGGAUCAUAAAACAGCAGUCAUACUGUAGGUACUGGAAACACUUACAAUAUACUCUCUGCAAAUUCUACUCCAAUAAGUGUGUAUGCACUGCUGAUGUUUAAUGUAUCCAACAUGAUUUUGAAGCUGCUUAUACUCUCCAAAAGCAAUGUGGUUGUGGGUUUUGGUUUUAUAUUAGGGGGGUUAUGAAUGCAAACGUGUGGAUGGGGGUGAUUUGCUGAAAUGUUCUUGGUUUUAAUAUUUUGCUACGCUUAGACACUCAGGUAAAGAACGAAGGAUAAUUUUAGUCAUACUUUAGUCAUCACUUGACCCUGUGAAAUUAGGUAGCUCUUUGAAUUGACCAAAUGCCUUUUUUGAGACAUUUUUUUUACUUUGAGAAAAAGGUACUAUCAGUGUAUCAUCCCUUUUUGUAAAAUACUCAUUUCCAUGUUUUGCUUUUGCAUUUGACUCCCUUUACUUGCUAUAUAUGUAGCCUACUGUGCUUUUCUGUACAAAAUGUACACAUCUUAAAUUCCUCUCUUCCCAAUCUGGCCAAAGCAGAAAGUCUUGCAUCUCUGAGAAGAUGUGCACUGAUUUUUGACCAUAAUUACUUGUUUAAAAUGUGUAUAAAUAUAUGUUAUCUGAAUUGUAGUUUGCUUGGAGUGAGUGGUACAAAAUGUGGUCAGUCUGGAAAUUAACCUGUAAUGGACAAAAGCCAUCUGCGAAAUGAGUACAUGUAAAUGUAAUGGGUUGUAUUUUUUGACCUUAGGUCAGACCCCACUGGGCCCCUCGCUGUACACUAUGUAUUUGUCUGUGCCAAUUAGCCAAACUGACCCUGCUCACCAGCUUGAUGGUGUGUUUCUUGGUGGUGCUAAGACAGCCUUUAUCUCUCCUUUUUCACACAUCCAGUCUCCUACUUAUUGCUAGAGAAGAUAUUGUAGUACUGUAGCUUUAGGCACUCUCUUAUGUGCCCCGUGCUUGUACAUUUGCUGAAGGAUGCAUGAUGUGAGUGCUGCUCAUCGGUUGACUGGACAUCUCAAAACAUACCAGUUCAGCGGGCAAUACAGUCCUCCUUGUAUUGUUAAUGUUUAACACAUGACUGGACUUACUAUCAAAUUCUCCGAAAGAUCUGGCCAUUUGUUGUUAUUCUGAGGUGAAGACAGUCAAUGUAUUAUGCACAGAAAAACAUAGUGUUUUUCACAAUAGAUGCUUCACUGGAAGAUUUAUUAUAGCCAAACAGAAGCCAUAUUAUUAUCUGGCCUUGGAUCAGCCCCACCCAAAGUUGCCCCAAGCUCUGAGGCUUGGACCUCAGCCGAUGUCAGCACCACUUCUCGACUUGAUUAACUGUAAAUAGGUGUGUCAUACUAUUUUGAAUAUUACAGAGCAGAUGCAGGUGAGGUUAACUGACUUCUUUCUCAUCAGAUAGCCUCAGUGUAAUCUCUGCAAGUUAGGAUUUACAUGCACUUUGGAUAAUGAACAUUGCUGUGAAUACUCUACAAGCUGUUUUCCAGACAUGUAUUAAGCCUAGUUUUAGACUUAGUUUACAAAUACCGAAUUAGUCUCCAACAAGGCUUAAACUAAUGAAAAGAACACAUCUGUCUAGAUCUACAGUAGGUUUAGAAAUUAGUGAUAUUAAUGUUUGUGCUGAUACAAUAUGUAAGAUAACAGUCGAAAUGUAGACGGUCCCCAGUAUGUCCCUGCUUUUAAAGUCCCCUUUUUUAUAGUUAAUGUUACAUGAGAAUGAGAAUUUUCACUUUGACCGAGCAGCAUGCACACCUCUGUGGAUUCUCAGGAGAGUCCAACUCCAUCCUUAUUUCCCUGGCUGUCUGCUGGCAUUCAGGCAUUUUUCGUAAUAUUACUGACCACAAACAGGCCAUGUAACUUUAUGAACGAUAUGAUCUGCAACACAGGAUGACAAGAUCUAACUUUAAUCUAUUUCUCCUGUAAAAGUCAACCAGUGAAAAAUCAUACCUGAUUGAAAAUCCUUUCAGAAAGGGAUUGCGCAUGUAGUGAUUAUUCUUUGAUCAAUACCCCUCUGAGAUCCCAAAAGGGUACAACAGCUGGUGGCAAUUUUCAGUAGCCAAGUGUAGAAAAAAAAUCUAUUGUAGGUACCUGAAGCUCCUGGUAUCAUCUGGUUUAAACUGGAAAGCUGUUCGACCAAAGCUUAAAAUCACUUGAACAACUGAUUGCUUACGCACUCUUAAAGCUACUAUGAUUGUAAUUGAAAAUGUCUAACUUUGCUGCCCUCAAGUGGUAGCAAAAAAAAAGACCACUGUGGGAAACUCUGCAUGUGCAGCCGCACCUGUGGAUCUCACCCAGGGACACAAAACCGACCAUUCGCUAAACCCUGCCACCCAUAGUUACUGUUGCUAUGCCUGUCAUUGUGUCUGUUCUGCGUGGCACAUGUAGUUUACAAUGAUACCGAUAGCAGAUUCACCUUGAAAUUCACAAGAAGUUUUUCAUUCUUCACACAGACAAAUAAAAACAGGCAUCUAGUAAAGAAAAUCAUACUUGGACAAGCAACACAAGUGGCUCAGUGAACAAAGCCACCAUCUUUACUCUUAAUGUUGAUAUAGCAGCACCUUAGCUCCCAUACAAUGGAUGUUCAGGUACAGGUAUUUUUAAGAACCUAUAAUGCCAAAUAAUAAUGUAGCUUAGUUCUUUCAGUGGUAAGCCAUGUGCCAGACAUGCGAACAUUUGUAGCUUAUGUUAGAGUAGAUAAACACAGUGUUUUAUCCAUUCCUUACACUUGUGCUUAAGUGUCUUUGGUAAAGGACAGAUAUUGUUUGAGAAUGUGGACAAAUCCAAAGCUUCACAGGCCUGCCAUGCCUAAUUACAUUUGCUAACCUAUGAUUGGACAAUCACUAUUUGGGGGUGGGGCUUAGUGAAUGGUCAACUGGCUGAAAGCAAAACUUAGACUGCACUAGUUUUCACAAGCAAACAAAAAACUGUACAGUGGCUUUAAUUAGUCUGUCUGCUUGUCAGUAUUGAAGCAUGGAAUAGAUUAGAGAGUCAAGCUGCCAGUCAAACUGAUUGUGUGAUCACCAACUUUAUAACUUCCCACCCAGACCAGCCCAACCAUCUUACGACUACUAGGAAAUAAAACCUUAGUCGUCAGCAUCUCAGCUUCAGCCUCGUGCCUCACCCAACAGGCCUCACUGCCUUAAAGAAACAGAAUGUGUAUGUAGGACAUUGAUAAUCAUUCAUUUAAUAUCGUGAAUCUGGGCUUAGUCAGAGGAUUGUAGAUUGUCCUACAGAUUGUGGAAUUCUGUUCUAUGUCAGACGACGUCUCUGCUCACUUUAUCAUUGUGGCUGCAAAGACUUUCAACUUUGCCUCAGGCUGCUGAGUGGAUGGGAUCACAUUUAACCACAAUCACGAUGACUGCUGAUCAAGAGGGCACUUAACUGCUCUGCUGCUUGGCGGUGAAUCACUAUCGUACACCAACACAAGUCAUCUCUGCAGUUGCUCAAGUAGUUUUUCCUCCAGGUGUGUGUGUUGUUAUAUUGAGCUCACAUAUGGUAAUACGUGACACUGUCUGUGAAAUAUGUACUCAUGGGACAUAAAUGCAGGGUCAAAGGUCAUUUGUGCCUUUUAUUGCACAGACUACUCCCUCUAAAGAGUGUAAAUGUAUGUACAGUUUUUUUUAUAUAUAUAUAUGACAAUGUGCAUGCAACCAAGCAAUGUAAAAUACGUUUUAACUGUAAAUAAUGUAAAUACAUAUUUAAUGAAUGAUACAACAUUCCCUCAAGAAAAUAAAUAAGUUGAAAACA